CGGCGAUCACCGAGCCCCCACCGGAAAUGGUAUCAAAUGCAAAUACGUCUGGGUCUGGAAGAUUGCCAGGUUUGUCAUGCAUAUUUCGCAUCCCCCGUGACGCCUGUAAUGCAUGACCUAGCGUAACAGAUUUUUAGAGGUCUUCUUGGUGCGUACUGCGCAUGAGAAAUGCCCUCUCCCCGUAGCACAAACUGGACUCCUCUUGCUGGUCAUGCAGUACAAAUUUUUUUAGAAUCCAGAGACAGCAUGACAAGCUGCAACCUUCCAGACCCAGACGUAUUUGCAGCGCAUGAAUGGUCCAAGUCGACGAGUGGGUGCCGUUUGACGAUCACAGCAGUCUCGUGCAAGACAAUGAUGCCCUGGCCCCGUUCGGGAUGGUCAGCGAGAUUAGCGCAAACCCGUUCUUCUCCGUCACCGACGUGCAGAAGUUUUCUCUGGACAUAUCCUAUUUAAAAACGUCCCCACGACCCCAUAGUCAAGAUGGGGAAUAAGCUAGACAAAUCCACAAGUUUUGGAUGUUUUGCAUGACAACUUUGGACUCGUAGUUGUAAAGUGGUGUUUGAGGUAGUUCAGCAGCAUCACAGAUCGAGUUGACCAUGCCUACUGGAGCAUGACAAAUUUCAAAGCGUGAAAAGAAAAUGCUUCUCAUGGGGCUCCGCAUGAGAAACGCUCUCAGCAUGCAGAUUUGCAUUACAACUAUGGGGUGGGGAUGUUUUUAAAUACGAUAGGACAGCAACGGCUUUUGGCCGCUGCAGUGCUGUUUGCUGGAAAAGUUGUGCCGGGACCUCCCCGUGGCGCAGAACACCUAUUACGUGAAAUCCGUGGAGAAUUACCGCGACGCAUAUGAGAGUACACAACUUCGACUUCCCCUGACCCUCAUUUGUAAGUAGCAUGAAUAGCAACACAAGCUUUAGCAAGAGUACAGGUUUUGCAUGACAAAUUUGCGCAGGAGUGUAGUGCCAGUUGGGCAGCUGCCAGAACUUGUCAUGCGAACAGUACCAAAAGGAAGAGGCAAAGUGUAGAUUUGGCAUUUUGCAUGACAAUAAAAUAAAGGGGAGGGGGAGGUGUGCACUAUCAUAACGCGCGGGGCGUAAACGGGAGUUACUCGUUCUGCGCGGCGGAUCUGAACGCCACGGGCCCGUCCAACUUCAACAUCCAGCACACCGGUUUCUAUUACGAGGAAGACGUGUCCGGGGGCACGACCUUUCUCGGGUGCCCGGUCAUCAACUUCGCGCUGGGGCAGGUCGAUAUGUACACGGACCAUCUGAACAUCGGGUCCAGCGCCGCCGUCAGCUGUCAGGCGGGGUAUGCACUGACCAUCGAGUCUUCGGCCGUGAUGGUGUGCGGCGAAGCGGACGCGGUGUUCAACCAAGCGCUGAAGCGGUGGGAGGUGCAGGGGCUGUGGCGACGCGUGGACGGGCAGCCGGCGCUGAUG